AUGAUGAAGGACGAAGAAAUGCCCAAAAUGAGGAGUCUCAGCCCGGAUCCCGAAGAUCUAAUUGCUGUCAAUAAGAAAUGUAAUAAUACGAUAGAUAUGGACCUGAUAGAAGUACUCUGGAAGCAGGAUGUGGACAUGGGCUACUCUUUGGAUGAUCCACUGCAGCCGGAGGGACCUCAAGCGACGAAAGUUACCGCCGCGAAGGGUGACAUAGACCCAAAACACGACGAGAAGAAGAUUCUAGAAGAGAAUGAGAAAAUUGAGAAGGUGAAGGCGUCCCUUCUCGAAACCAGCAACAAUGCGGAUGACCCGUGGGCCGGCCUCUCGUACACGGUUGAUACUGAAACAGGUGAAUACGUUAUCCAAGGAGAGUUGCCUGGCGACCUGGUGAGCACCGAAGAGUCCCGAUUUGACCUGCUCGAGGAGGCGCUGCAACUGGUGGAACUUGGUGACGAGGCUGAGACCAAGGAUGAACAGCCUGAGGCGGUAGAGGGCAGCAGUAGCGGUGGGGGCAACAUGUUGCAUCCGGCAAUGCGGCACAUGCCGCAUCACCCCCUGGCGCACUACCACAACCAGUCACUGAUGCGAUCUUUGUCCGGGGAACAGCGCUGGCAGGACCUGGCGUCGUUGCUGACGAUCCCGCCGCCCCCGGAGCAGUAUCCGCAUUACCAUCAUCAGCAUCAGCAUCAGCAUCCGCAUCCGCAUUCCCAUCCGCACAACAUCAGUGCGCACGGUGCGGCGGGCUACGCAACAAACUACCACCCGUCCCUAUCUGUACCUGAAAAACACGCGGAACCCUACGGUGCUGCAGCAGCGCCCCUGGAGAGCUCCUACAAGGUGGAGUCUGCUCAUCAUCCACAGCAACACGAUGCCAUAUACUACCAGAACACGACAUCGGAAGUGCCGCCGAAUCAAGACGGCUUCCUGCAGUCGAUUCUGAACGAUGAGGAUUUGCAGCUCAUGGAUAUGGCAAUGAACGAAGGCAUGUAUACCAUGCGAAUGCUGGAGGGUGCAUCUUCCCAUGUGCCCCAAUCACAACCGCACAUGCCCAUGGCGACUGAAAGAGACUCAGCGUCAGACAGCGCAGUCUCCUCAAUGGGAUCGGAGAGAGUCCCAUCUCUGUCUGAUGGCGAAUGGUGCGACGGCAGUGAUUCUGCUCAAGAAUACCACAGUUCCAAGUUCCGGCCUUACGAGGGCGCCUAUCCUCGCGACAGAGGGGCCCACGCGCCGCAGAAGAAACACCACAUGUUCGGCAAGAGAUGCUUCCAGGAGCCACCUACUCCCAUAGAGCCGGUCCUGCCCCGGCCUCAAGGCAUCGUCAAAUACGAAUGCGAGCAACCCUACCAUCAUGAGCCGAUGCAUCUCAACAACAUUGACUACGGACGGGCUCAACUAGCCCCUCCCCAUGUGACGUCACUCCAGCCCGCGUUAGAUCUCAACACGGCACAUGCCAGCCAUUCCCUACUACAGGGUACAAUUCCAAGUCCAAACGCGAAUCGUUUCGGGUUCGUCGCGGGCGAUAGAGUGAGACACAACCAUACCUACAGCGCACCCUUACCGCCGGCAGAUCAAAGACAACCAAUAAGGGACAAACGAGCGCGUCGACUUACGGAAAGCAGUAACCCGGACGGCGGGACGAAUCACCACUUGACUAGGGACGAGAAAAGGGCUAAAGCACUCGGUAUUCCCAUGGAAGUGCACGACAUUAUCAAUCUGCCCAUGGACGAGUUUAACGAGAGACUGUCGAAACACGACUUGAGCGAGACCCAGCUGUCGCUCAUAAGAGACAUUCGGCGUAGAGGGAAGAAUAAGGUCGCUGCGCAAAACUGCCGCAAACGCAAAUUGGACCAGAUCACAUCCCUUGCGGACGAAGUACGUACAGUACGGGAUCGCAAAAUUCGUACGCAACGCGAUCAUUCGUCGCUGUUAGCUGAACGGCAGAGGCUGAAGGAACACUUUGCAGCACUCUAUCGGCACGUAUUUCAAAACCUCCGAGAUCCUGAAGGCAGGCCGAUGUCAUCAGCGCAGUACAGUCUUCAACAAGCAGCGGACGGCAAUGUGGUACUGGUGCCGAAGAUGCCACAACAUUCAGAUCACGGCAUGAAUCGAACUACAGACGAGGAUAUGGAGAGGAAGAAGCAUUAUGAGUGACAUCUCCUGCCGCGCUGGUACCAGGAGUAACCUGCGACACGUUAUAUAAGUACCGUCUGAACCACUCACUAGCCGACAACGCUCGUGGCACGCCGGUACGGUAUCUAAACAUCACGCACCCGUAUGUCGAAUGAUGAGUAAACGAUGUAGAAUCUCUUAUAACUAUCAAACGUAAUAAUAGUGAUCAUUUUCCAUUAAAUCUUUAUUAAAAUAGAAGCGGCCAUCCGUAAAUUACGUCACAUUUAUCGCGCUCACCAAAUGUGACAUAGUGUGACAAGUUAAAUAUUACUAACUCAAUCUUUAAGGUUUUUGUAGGUUUUCGCUGUCCUAUCUAUAGAAAAAGAUUAAAAAUACCUUUAUUCAGUUUAUUACUUAUAAAAAUAAAAUUAAAAAAAAGUAGGGGGUAUGAAUAGCUUUGUGACGUCACAUAAAAUGAAAAAUAUUGGAAUUCGAAAGUAAACCAAUAUUUUUUAAGAAAUAUUCAAAUUAAAUCAUAAUCAAUUUAUUCAUGUAGUUCAUUUACAGAAUUUUUCAUAUAUUACUAACUUAAAUAUACUGGUAUUUCGUAAAGGGUUGAGCUAAUGAAAAGAAGUACCAAGAAACUCAUCGCCAAUCUUUUAAAUAAAAUUUUUACAUUUUCAUGGUUUUACAAAUCAUUUCAAUUACAAUAUUAUAUGUAAAAUGAUGCAACCUAUUUAAGUUUUGUGUAGGUUUUCGCUGUCCUAUCUAUAGAAAAAGUUUAAAAAUAGCUUUAAAAUAAAAUUGAAAAAAAAGUGACGUCACAGCAGUUUUCACAAAUGUGACAAGCGGGGGCGACGGUCCCUAAAAUAUGUGUGACGUAAUUUAUGUAUGUAUGGUCAAAUCGCGUCACUACGUCCUCUUAUAAAGCGAUAAACGCAGGUGUUUGCGAUACCGUAACUACUGCUACGUGCGUUAGCGGCUAAUGUAGGCUUAAAAAUAGCAACCAUGUGUUAAAUACACAACUAUUGGAAGAUUAAUUUUAAAGAAGACUAUUCGUCAGUCGAAAAGUUAAGUUGCAUACAUAGGGGAAGACAUUUUAAAUCCAAUAUGGCCGACAUCAAAGAUGGCGGAUUAGUUAUUUAUAACGCUAAUGAUAGAUAGAUUAUUCAUACCUCUAAAUAGACUGUGACAGCUGUGGAAACGUCCAAAAAACUUGAGGUUGACCGUGGACCUCUGUUUCGAGCAAUGCACGCACAGAAAGAGACGUAUAUAUUAUCUAAGUGCUCAUGUUAUGGUAAUCAGAGGGUUUACUAAAAGGAAAAAAUUAAAACAAGCUUUUUUCUUCAGUGUUUUUUGAUUUUGGGCUCGACUUUGAAACGUGAAUAGUCUUCUUUAAACUGUAGUCGUAACUUCUUUAAACUGUAGACGGAGCUAACAAAUGUAAUAAGAAAUAUAUUGUAAGAAAUAUAUUGAAGAAAAUAAAUAAAAUAAAAUUACUGUUUUAAUUUUAGAUUGUUUGCAUUUCUCGAAGGACCAUAUUAUGCUAUAUGGAAAUGGUACCAAGCGGGUCUUCCACCCUGCAAAUUAUUUAUUUUCAAAAACAAAACUCAGAUCAUUUAUGUGUCUAGAUAGACUGUGACAGCUCACAACGUCGAAUAAUAAAAUAGAGGUUGACAGUUAACCCCUAUUUUGAGCAAUGCACGCACACUAACACAAAUCGCGAGUGUAAGACGUAACUUGUCACGCAUACUAAAGUUAUAAACCUGGCCUGCUCUGUCUAGAUGUAUAAAUUAUCUACGAGCGAAAACAUCAUCAUAAAUCCGAAAUACAUUUAUAUAAAAUUAUUGUAAUUGUAUAUAAAUUACAUUUUUAUUUACUUAUUCUUAAUGAUCGCGGUCCCUUAAUAUAUUGAGCCACUUUAUUCGACCGAGUGUAACAUUGACGGCUAACUCUUGUUCAAUACCCAUACAAUAAAGUGCUCAGUUCGCUUGGUGAAGUUUUCAAAGAUUAUUAUAAAACAUGCGCAAUUAAUGUCGCUAACCGCUCAAGAGUCUUGCCGAAUCCAGUUAUUAUUAUCCAUAUAUUGUUUACUUUAAUCGAUUGAUAGAAAGUUCAUUAUUUAAAUUUUAAAAAGUUUAACCUAUUUUUAUUUAUUAUUAUAUCGUUGUAAAUUAAUUGAUUGUCAUGCUCCAUCUGUUUUCUAUUAAGGUCAACUGGGACUAAGGAAUCUAUUUUAAUUAUAUUGCUAGGUGCGUAUGUUAUACUUUUUCACGCCAUCUGUUUUCUGUUUUUGGCACAUAAAGUACCAAAAAUCAUCAAUAGAUGGCGUGAAAGGUCUUCUUUUCUUAAAUACUAACAAAAGACGCCUUUGCCCUACGUCUAUUGCACCUAAAAGUCCUAUUUUUCAUAGAAAAAACAUAUACAUGUAAAAGUUAUGUAAAAUACCACUAAUUGGUAUUAAAAUAUGAAAUUAGAUGAAAUACCCUACACUGUAUGUGCUUAUGUAUGUUUAUACAUUAUACUUUUUUUAUAAUCGGAUAAAUAUGCUAUUCAAAGUAAUGUACCGCAUUAGCCCCGGUGGUCAACCAUACCUUAUAGAAAAUGUUGCAAAUUUUGUGAAAUAAAUAAAUUUCUGUGACAUCCAUUAUUGUAAAUUUUUUUUUUGUCACAAAUGAUUUUUGCCGCAAACUUUUUGAUCUCAAUGUGAAGUUUCACAGCCGACCAGAAAUUAAACAUAUUGUUUAAAUGAGAAUGUAAGCAACUUUUGAUGCAAAUAUGUUUUUUUUAAUCAAAAAUCUCUAUUUCCAUUUUCAAUUCAUACAAGCUGCAAAAACAGAUCUAGAUUACUGCGCUAUGCCACAGCGGUCACUCGUCUUUCGUUUAGGAGUGAGUGCGAGAGAGAAGACAACAUCGGUAAUACCGCUCACUAUAUUUGUCAUGCCACGACCGUUCAUUGAUAUUAUAAAACUAUUGUGGAAGCUGGAAAUAUUGUUAUUAAUUCCUCAUUUAUUCCACUUUAAAAAAAUCAAGUUACUGUCAAGAAAGAACAUGUUUUAAAAUUGUUGUUCCCGUGGCUUACGACUUGUUACUACAUUUAGAUAACCAAUAAGAAUAAAUAACACAACAUAUUAUAUUGACCUUGUACUUAAGUAGAUAAAGCAAUUACUUCUUAUCUGCUUUAAGAUUUUAGAAUGCUUUUUUACUUAGAUAAUUUAUUCGUCUAGAUCGAUAGCUGUGAAUACAUAAAAAAAAAUAGCGGCCAACUGUUAGCCUCUAUUUUCAACAACGCACGCACACUACAACAAAGUGACUUACAUAGUGCGAGUGUAAAACGUAGCUUGUCAUGCACACUAAAGUAAUAAACCCGACCUGUUGUCUUGCUUUGCCUAACAGCAGGAUUACAUCCUAUCUAAAGUCAAGACGUAUAACUUAUCAUUAAGGUUUUUUAUUUAAUCUAGGUUUCGAGUACGCGCCCCUUUUAUUUAAUAUUUAUCAAAUUCAUGCUUCAAUUUAACAAUAAUACGGUGCCUUAGACAUAACCGGGCGCCUAUUUGUUAAACCUUUAUUUUUAAUUAAACAAAAAUAACAAAAAAAAGUAAUCGUGAUAUAAUUUCUUUGUAUGUAUACGCCUUUAUGAUUGUGAGGUUAAAACGCGCUGUCAAAAUUACCAAUUCGAAAUCAAAAUGGCGGACAACAUUAUCUGGUUGAAUGUCUAUGUGAUAGAAAACUAUUCCAUUUUCGAUUUAGUUUAUUUAGUUCUCAUAAGAGUUUAGUGUUGCCAGUGUUAAAUAACAUGUGUUACGCGUCGGGCAACACUGUCGUUGCAAUAUUUUUAAUGUAAUAUAUUUUCUGUAGGCGUUUUAUUUAUGUAUAUUGUAGAGUAAUUGUUAAAAAAAUCUGUUGUAGUGAUUUUUUUUGGAAAAUUUCAGUCGCCUUCUUGCAAAAUAGCAAACAAGUACAAAUUUAUAAUUGUAAAUUUUAUACACAACAGAUCUUAUUAAGUAUGUUAUAAUUUAAAAGGUCUUUUUUAUUUUAUAGAUCUUUUAGAUUUAAGGAAUAUUUACCGUAAGCCAUAGAUAAUGUCACUUUUGUCGGCAAUAAUUUUUCAAGGACAAAUUUUUUCUGCACAGGCAAUAAUGGUCAUGUCAAAAGUUUGUCUUUGGAAAUGUUUUUAAAUUGUGGUGCAUAUUUAACAUAGAAUACUUAGUUCGCUUUGCAAGUAUGAACUUAUCGUUAAGUAAUAUAGGCGACGGGUAAAGCAUUUUAAAUAAGUUUUUUAAUAAAGGCUUAGCGUGACA